AGAGUCUGAGGUGCUGGGAGCUGUGUUUUCUUUUAGGAACCAAGCACACUGUCAGCACUUCAAGGGAGACUCUGUCAAAUCCCUCGUGGACUGUUUCUCUGUUGUUUUGAAGCAGUUGUGCUUUGCUGAUAAAAAAAUUGCUGCUUUUUUUUUUUCCUCCAUGAAGCUGGAAGUAGAGGAAGGUGACACACAAACAAGUGCUUCACAGCACAAUCUCUACUCAACAUUAAGGCCUCUCAGAAGCCUUGCAGUUGCCACUGUGGGAAGAGACGCCCAUUCCGUGUCCCUGAUUUCGUUUUGCCUUUUCAAUCUAUUCUUGAAGUCAUACCCAGUAGCCAGUCCAGUGGAACCAUUGAAUUUUGGGAAGCCUUUGCCCAGCUGUUGCUUUCCCCCACUCAUUAUUUUUGCAUUAAGGACACUCCUCAUAAAAAGCUUUUAUUUUUGGUUAAAAAAAAAUAAAUCAGUGUGUGUGUGGUGACAGCCCCAGUUUGGAUGAGCUGGUGGAAUUCAAAAGGACGUUAUAUAAGAACUUGGCUGGAAAUAUUUCUGAAUAUAGCCUUCAGGGCUCCUACAAAUGCGUAAUUAGUUUGUGUGGAGAAUACCAAAGUGAAAAUGUUUUUCUGAUACGUGUGUGUUUGUCAGUAAUGAUUCCUCAGGGGGCAGAUGCAGGCUUCAGUAUAGGUGUGAAACACAGAAUGCUGGGUGUCCCAGGUGGCUGCCAGGAAAUGACCGUUUGUCCCCUGCCAGUCUUCCAGGAUUUCAUAUUCUGGAGGUCUGUUAUGUAUUGUAUGUUUGAAUGUUUGCCCUGUUCUUUAGAAAUGUGUAUAGCUUGUAUAAGAUACCUGUGGGAGGGUCGUUUCACCAUUCUUGUGACAAUUAGUGUGUGGCAGGGGAGAGAAAUGUUGCAUUUGAGUUGUAUUAAUAGGAUACAUUCACAGGAUGACUGUGAAAUUUCAUGUAUACUUGCUUACUACUCACAGGUUUUGCAUUUCAAUAAUAAUAGUAAUGAUUGUAAUGACACCUUUCCUUUAUAUAGAACCUUUCAUCCCAAAGGGAGCUGUAGUUACUCUCUGGCAGUGACAAAAGAGAUUGGUAACACCCAGUGCAAAGCAGCCAUUUUUAUAACUCACUCUGUAGGUUGUGGUAUAUUUCACACUAUUCAAGCAAUUUUGGAAAGUACUAUAUUAUUAUUAUUACUAUGCAAUCCAAGCACUGUUCAAACCCUUCUGUCUCCUGUUAUUACAGCAUUGCAUUUGUGAUACUGCAGUUAAGAGCGAAGGAGUUGCCAUUUACAGAGCAUAACCCUCUUUUUGAGUGAUUUUAUAAUGUUAGGGUUUCUCUCCAUGUAAAACUGGGUGUAGAAGUUUCCCCCCAGGAGAUAAUUAUUUUUUUUCUAUUUAGAAAAAUUCAUUUUAAGCCCACUCAAUCACUUCUUGCUCCGAUUUUCAGAAAUAAUUUUGGAGAAAGGAGGAUUGCUUUAGUUACCAUUACCAUGGUCCACUGGGAGUGGGUCAUAAAGAGGGGUUGACUUUUCUCCUCUUGUCUCAGAUUUCCAUAUGCAGGUAAAGAAGUGCUAUGAAGCUGGGCUAAUGUCACAAUACAUAAAGACUUGGAAAGAAGGGGACACGGCCUUUUGGCGUGGGCCAUUUGGAGGGUUCCCAUAUCGACCUAAUAAGCAUGGAGAACUCCUCAUGCUGGCUUCUGGCACUGGUCUUGCACCAAUGCUUCCCAUUCUCCAGUCCAUAACGGAUGAUGAAGAGGAUGAAACCUUUGUAACUCUUGUUGGCUGCUUUUGUACGUUUGAAAAAAUUUAUUUGAAACCUCUUCUCCAGGAUCUGGCUCGAUACUGGAACAUCAGAAUAUUUUACAUCCUAAGCCAGGAAACUUCUCUGGAAAAUCUUCCUUGGAGCUAUCAGGAAAACACAUACACUGGUCGCCUAAAUGAGGACUUGAUAAAGACAAUAAUAAAUUCCUGCCGAAGAAAGCCAUUUGUAUUAAUCUGUGGAUCUUCUGCAUUCACUGAAGACAUGAACAGAUAUCUGAAAGCUGCAGGAGUUGAAGAAGAUUCCUGUUUUGUCUUCUAGCAAGGUAUUCCUGAACUAAGGAGCGUCAGGCCAAGACUAGGACAUCCUGUUCAAAGACAUUGAGAUGACUGAUUUGGAGCAAAAGACUCAGAUCCUUAUGCCUAUAGUUUCAUAGGCCUUUGGAUUAAAUAUAUUUUCCAGUAUGAUUCUCAAUCUUGAGCGUUUUAAAGAUCAGGUGACCUUCCAGAGUGGCUGUUACAAUCACCCAUACCUCAAAGAUCAGUGUAGUCUUUUUAGUGGAAGUCUUUACAUGGAAUUUUGAGAGACACCUUUCAAGGAUAUUAAGAAGCAUCCAAGUGUACACCUCUGCUGUAAUAUGAAGACCAAUGUCUUGCUUUGAUUGUGCCCCAUUGGUUGUACCCUGGAGAGAUUUAAUGCUUGGGAGAAGAUAAAGAGGCCAAGGGAACAGCAGAGCACUGCGUGACCCUCUGGUGUCUGUGGGGUUCAUUUCAGUGUUGUUAUCUUGCUGGGUGAUGCCAGGCAGGUCUCUUCAGCCUCCCUGUGCCUCAGUUGCCCUCUAAUACAUUGAUAUGGGGAUGGAGGUGCUGCUCUGUGAAAAGAGCCUUUUCAGUCAUGUACCAAAAAAAAAAAAGACCACCUAUAUGUGAGGGUGGAAUUGUGUGUGGUGCUCAAGGAGGAUUUGUAUUGUCUGUGCUGAACCUUAACCCUUGCAAUGCUGUCUGGAGGGAGGAGGAAAAUGUCCUAAAAGUCUGUGGGGAAGCAUCAGUGUAGCUGCUAUCCAUCAGGAAAGAUGGUUGUCUGCUUUCUGUGUCCCCUAAGUGUUGUGUAAGAGUCCAGGUUCAUUAAAUUGAAGUUACUGUCAAAUAAA